AUGUAUCACACCAGUCUUCGUCAAGAUGUUUUGAUAAAGGAAGAGUACCAUUACUUAAACGUGUCUAAAGUUGGAACAUUUACAGUGUACAACAGCCUUGACUGCACCUUUGAAUGCCUCGGUAAUCCUUCCUGUUUGUCCUUCAACCUGGCAGCUUACAAAGGAGCAGAUGGAAAGUUUCUGUGUGAGUUGUUAUCGUCAGAAAAGUACAGCAAUCCUGAGGAGUAUAAAAGAAACGACAGUUUUCAUCACUUUUUCGUCAAGGUGGGGUUAAUUCUUUGUAUAAAGUUUAAAGAAAGAUAGUUUUCAUAUCUCAGUCUGUGGUGAUUUUUAAUAACGUGUCUUAAGAUACUUUCGGGUAAACGUAAAACUCGGUGCCGUAAUUCUUUAAAAAAGGUUCUUUACAUAGAAUAUCAGCUAAGAAAUCGAAAAAGAACCGGCGUAAAAGUGACUGACGAUAAGACGUCGGAGUUAUUCAGUCGAAUCAAUCACUUUCUCUCUUUUUUCUUGCUUCAACAAUUAAACGCGGAGUCAAAAUUACCUUAAUGAAAAGAUCGAAGGUAGUUGACAUCCAAAUUUUUUAUUAUUAUUUCAGACUCCUUGCAUGUCAUCACCGUGCCAGAACGGAGGCACCUGUGUAGCGAACUACACGUAUCACACGUUUGACUGCCGUUGCAAGGAAGGGUUUUAUGGAGAAUUCUGUGAUCAAGGUAAUUGCUGUACCGCCGCCCUGUACAUCAAUUCAAGGCAGCAUAAAUAGUAAAGCCGUCGUCCUAGAUACUUCAAAGCCUAUAGUCAGGUGUGCAACGUGCCAAAAAUCGUGACGUUUGGCGUCUUUUAAACCUGCUUUGAUGCAUCUGCAGAGUAAUUUGUCUUACUCUCAAAAGUAGAUCUCUCUCUUGUCACCAUCCGGCCAAAACCGAUCAAGUUGAACAAAACCGGCGCUGGCUGUCAAAUUACUAAUUUGACAUGACCGUCAAAGUUUGAAUCAUUUUCUUUUCAACAAAAGCUGUCGAACUCCCCCCCCCCCCCCCACACACACACCUCCCCCUCCUAAGUUUACCUAUUGCUUUCUCUCCUCUCCGCCUCUUUUGCUUUUCUUCCUCCGUCCUUUUCUACUGACUUCAUUUUGGAGAAAAAAAUUAAAAGAAAACUGGUGACGUCACAAGUGGUACAAGAAACGUGGCUAAAGAAACGGGCAGUUUAAGUGGCUGGAUGUAGUGUGAAUUUGUUAACCCAAACGUAGUUUACGCCCCAAAGGUUACAGGUUGCUUAAGGCUUGACCAAUCUGUCUCACAUUAAAAGGCAAAAAGUGGGUAAUUAUCGGUUCGUGGUAAAGUAAGAGAAACUAUAAGUUGAGAUUAUGUUUCAAUUUUUUUUGUCAGUUGCAAAGUCAUGUCAAGUCCUUUAUGAUCAGCUCAAGGAAAAGUGAGUAUCACUACUGAUUUAAAUAAUAAUAAAAUUAUAUAGGAAAAAAUAAAAUAUGGAGUCUCGAUGGGGCUGUUCGUACACUGUAAGACAUUAAUCGUUUUUGUAAAAAAGUUGACCGUAAAAAGUUUUUUAACUACAGUUUGUUAUACAGGGAGUUUCGAUGUUAGGACCGCACGCGACGUGUAUCAUGGCUGAUGCAUCUUUUCAACCUUUGUUUCCAUCCUAGCAAGGUUCUUUGUGCCCACUGAGUUAAAGGAGCUGUGUUAGGAAAUUUAUCAAUAGUAAUAGCCUGCGUAUAGUAGUCGUAUCCUUUUCGUUUAAGCCAAGUGACUACAUCACGAAAGACGCGCGAGGACAUAGCCAAGGGCACUGGGUAGCCUGUUGUAGGCUCUCAGAUAGUGAGGAAGACGCGAAAGUGAAAGGUACGCGAAAAAGUUCGCGCUUUCGCAAUUCAGCGGAUCCGACUAUCACGGAACCUGGAACAGGCUACGCACUGGGCGUCUCGUUUCUACCUCUUGGCUCAAAGGAAACGCAGACCACUGCUACGCAGGAUACUGCAGUGGUAACUGCCAGUAAACUGAUUGAAACAUAACCUGAUCGACAACCACUUAAAACAUUAAAAGAAGGUAUAAAGAACAGGAAAUACAAAAUAAAGGCACGGAUGAAAAAAACUUUUAAAAGGUUUAAAACGUAUUGCAACUGCAAGAAUGGCUGGGACGCUCCGCAAAAUCGCCGACAUUCGCGGAGGAGUACUUUUCAAACACCGAUUUACAUAUAAUUAUUUUUUCGCUCGAACACUUCCGAAUUUGGAGCUUUAAUGUUUAUUAUAUCCCAAAUACGCAUGUUUUAAACUACUAGGCUGCUUGAAGUGAUGACCGUGUUUUGGUCGAGCGGUCAAUGCCAGUCACGGCUUCUUUCAAGUUUGACGACUUCGAAGCCCGAUUUACAUGGUUUAUUUUUCACUUUCCCAACGCAUUUUACGACUUCGAGAUAGAGAAAUAAAUAAAUAUCGUAAAUAUAACCGUACAUUUAGAGAAAGUAAUCUUUAACUAUGUCUAGUUUUCCUUUUCGCUAAAAAUUAACAAUUAUGGAUAUGAUUUUUGGUCGCCAUUUGGGGGCCUGGGAACGAAAAAAAAAUUAGAGGCAAAUGUCACGUAAUUUUUUGGCAUGGGAAAUUAUGGGAUUUUUCGGAGUAUUAUGAAAGAACAACAUCCAAAAGGUCUACUUGCCAUAAAAUAGCACUCCAGGUCAAAUUGUCUCUGAGAUAUUAGCCCAGUUAUGCUCUGAUGACUCCAUUAUCAUAGAUCCUUCUAAAUUUGACUAAGUUUAUAACAUUAGGAACCGAGUCAAAUUUAGAAGAAUAUGUAUGGAGCGAUCAGAGCAAAACGGGACCAGUAUCUCCGAGACAAUUUGCCCCACAAUGCUAUUUUUUGGCAAGAGUAGGCCUUUCAAAUGUUGUUCAUUCAAAAUAUCCCAAUAAAUUCCAUACUGAUUUCAAAAAUUUAAUUUUAUGACGUCAUCGCUUUAAAACUCUAUGUCCCUUUCCUAUUCCUUCUGAACACCUGCUACACUGGUAACUAAUGAAAAGUCAUCUUCGAUGACCGAACUUAAUUCGUUCAGAACACUUUAUUCAAUUAAACUCAUUAUUGAGUAGUAACGUAACUGCCAGUAACGUUAUAUGGAACCUAACAAGAAAUUUAGAUUUGACUGAGGCUCUAUUGAACACCAUUUAUUUUUAUUUUUGUAAGAAAAAGCGAACUUUUUUUGACAACCAAGUAAGGAACAUUCCUUUUUUUUCUCCCACAAGUAAAAACUGGAAAAAUUAAAAUGAGAUUUUUAUUUUGUACAGGUCGAACGUGACUCAGUUGGUCACUCUUCUCCUUGACUCCAAAUUAGUUUCAGUUCUUUGUCACUUUGGAAAUUUUGGAUGCGGAGAUGGAGGAUGGACACCGGUCAUGAAGAUAGACGGCAAAAAGGUA